UUUAGGUAUCUACUAUCUAAUAUCUAUAAUAAUAAAUAAUAAUAGUAGUAAUUAUUAAUACAUAUUAUAAAUUGUAAUGACAUUACUAAAUUUAAAAAUAAUGGCCGUGGCCCGUGACAUGAUGACAAUAAUGUCAUUUAUAUCACGCGUCAACGGGAUUGUAAUAAACAUUAAACAAUAAUAAUCAAUAAUGACUACCAGUAUCCUGUAUUUAUAUCUGUAUAAUUUUUCAUCAAGCCAUCAAGGCCGAAUGCCCAUCGUAAUAACAUAAUAAGUUAAUAAUGGUGGGUCCACUGCCACUGUUUGGCUAGUUUAAGAGCAGUUUGAGCUGCCGCUUCCGAUGGUGUAUAUGCUAGGUAGGUAGCUAUAGUUAAAUCAUCCGUUCAUCCGGAGAUGGAAGGUAUUGACGUGGAGUUCACAGACGUGAUCCUGACAGUCAAUGUGUGGGACCCUCUGGUGACGAAGACCUUAAGGCCUGAAAAGAAAACCGUUUUGAACAAUGUUAGUGGCUUGUUCCGUAGAAAUCAAAUAGGAGCAAUACUUGGAUGUUCUGGAUCUGGAAAGUCAACUCUUAUGAAUAUUUUAUCUGGUUACAUGUCAAGUGGUUACCAAGGAUCUGUAACUUUAAAUGGAGCACGGCGAGAUUUGCUAUCAUUUAGGAAUGUUUCAAGCUACAUCAUGCAAGAGGAUAGUUUGCAAUUGUAUUUAACUGUUCAAGAAUCUAUGGAGAUUGCAAUGAAACUUAAACAUUCUAUCACUACAUUGGAUGUUCAAAAAAGAAUCUCAAUAGACAGUUUACUUCAUAAUUUACUUUUACAUGAUAAACGAGACUCAUUGGUUUAUAAUUUAUCCGGUGGCGAGUGUAGAAGAUUGACCAUUGCUUUAGAAUUAGUUCGCAGCCCAAAAGUGAUGUUUUUUGAUGAACCAACAACAGGUCUGGAUAUCGUGUCUGCAAAUAAUGUUGUUAAGAUUAUGAGAAAAUUGGCUGAUUCUGGGAAAACCAUAAUAUGCACCAUACAUCAAGCUUCGGCUUCUCAUUUGACACAUUUUGACACUGUUUAUGUUCUUACACCUUCAGGACAAUGCAUGUAUAAUGGCAAAUCAUCACAAAUAAUUGAUUAUUUCUCAGAUCUUGGAUUUCAAUGUCCUGUUUAUCACAACCCUGCUGAUUAUGUAAUUGAACUGAGUUUGGGUGAAUAUGGAAUCCCCAUUAAUACAAUGAUUGAGCUAGCUAAAGAACAUAACAAGAAUGAUCGGCAUAUAAUUGACCAAAGUGCUAACUCUGUACCUGUAAUUUAUAGUCGAGAAUAUUCUUCAAAAUGUUUUCCUGAGCUUUGUAUACUUGUACACAGAACUUUACUAACUACUUUUAGAGAUCAUUUUCUAGUUAAAGUAAGACUUUUUGUCCACUUCUUGCUGGGGAGCAUGUUUGGAAUUGUUUACAUAGGACUUGGGCAGAGUGCCAUGCACGUUCGUGACAAUGCAGUAUUACUAUUUUUCUGUGUAAUGUUUAUGGCUUACGUAGCAGCCUUUACAAUGUCUAUAAAAUUUCCAUUAGAGUUGUCAGUGAUGCGAAAAGAAUAUUUUAACAGAUGGUAUUCAUUAAGUUCUUAUUACAUUUCUGUUACAAUUGUGGAUCUACCAGUACAAAUUUUUUGUACCUUUUUGUUUUGUUCGUUAAUAUACCUGUUAUCUGGUCAACCUUUUAUACUCUUUAGGAUUUCAAUGUUUCUGUUGAUAUUUAUUGUAACAGGACUUAUGUCACAAGCCAUUGGAAUGCUUGUCAGUACUCUCUGUAAAGGUUUUGUUAUUAAUACUGUAAUAGUAGCAUUGAUAUUAAUGUUUUGGACUACCUAUGCAGGUGGCAUGAUAAGAAUAUCAGAUACCCCUAAAAUAUAUCGAUGGCUAUAUGAUGUAUCAUUUAUGAAACAUUCUGUGCAAGGCGUACUUCAUUCAGUUUAUGGUUAUGAUCGCUCUGUAUUGCCUUGUCCAGUUAUAUUUUGUCCAUUUGGUUCACCAAAAGUAAUGCUUAAAACAAUUGAUAUGGGUGAGAAUUUGUACUGGAUAAAUGUCAGCUUUAUCACUAGUAUUUAUGUUGUAUUGAAAGUAUGUGCUUUUAUCGCCCUUAAGUAUAAGUUGUCUUCUACUUGAACCAAAGGCCAAUCAAAAGAUCUAAUGGAUUACGAGAUACUGAAAAUUCAAGAUGAUUCAUUUUCAUUUUUUAUUUAAUUUUUUUUUAUUGUUUAUUAUCACUUUUAAUUUAUCAAUAAGUAUACUUAAGAGGAUGUCAGCGCAAUAUUUUUUUUCUCUCUGAGAUUCACACUCUAUAUUGAUGAAACUUAAAAUCGUUGUUUAUAAUUUUUGAGGAACCUUAGAGAGUAAAAUCAUUUAUUAAAAAAAUUAUGGAGGAUAAUAUUUUUAAAUGUAUGAUGUAUCAGUGAUAUAUAAUAUAAUUAUUGAAUUCAUAUUUGACUUUCAGAAUAAUAAAUAAAAAUUUGUAAAUUUGAAUGAUGUUUAAAUUGCUUUUAUACUAUAUUUAAACAAAUCAAUAUAGAAUUUCCUCAAAAAAAUAUGUUCUCUAUUGAUUUUGUAAUGGGUAAUUUUACUGUAAGAUUACACAAAAACAUAAAAAAAAUUAUUCUGCCAAAAUGUAGUUUGUCUAUGUUGCACAUGAGCCAGAGAGACAAAAAAAAAUAGUGCUCUGAUAUUUUCCAACUGUUUUUUUUUUAUGCUAUGGCUAACAAUAAAUUUAGCUUAGAAUAGACAAGAACCAAAAUUUCUUAAACGAUACGACCAUAAUAAUGUUAAAAUAGCUGACUUAUUAACUAUUUCAGUUAUACUCGACACUCGUAUUAUAAUAAUAUGUACUUAUGUAUUAUAUUAUAUGGUAGCAAUAUUUGAAAUGUUACUCUAUUAUGACUUUAUAUAAUGUAUUUUAGUGUAAUAUGUUUAUUCAUCAUAGAUUAUAUCAUGUUCAUUGUUCACACAA